AUGUCUUUUUCAUCUCUACCUGUGAUUGAUCUUAAAUCACAUCCAGAUGAUAUUCGUCAGACUAUUUUAUUGGCUUGUUCAACAACAGGUUUCUUUUAUGUAUCAAAUCAUGGAUUAGAUUCUUUACAAAGUCAAAUAUUUUCUAUGGCCAAAGAAUUUUUUUAUCUUCCUCUUCAAGAAAAACUUCUUUAUGCAUCAAAUACAACAUCUUAUCAAGGUUAUUUAAAAAUUGGUCGUGAAAAUCUUGAUUCAACCAAUUCCAAACUUAUGGAUGAAAAAGAAGGAUUUAGAAUUCGUCAAUCAGAUUUGAAUAGAAAAGAUAAAUUACCUAAUAUAUUUUCUCAUGAAGAAAAUUUCAAAUUACUUGAACAAUUUUUUCGACAAUGUUAUAAUCUUUGUAUGCAUCUAUUGGAAUACUUAGCUGAAACUUUUGAAAUUGAUCGAGAUUAUUUUACGUCAAGACAUAAAUGGGAUAAGGAACCAGGUGCAGCACUUAAAUUAUUACAUUAUUCUCCAAUAAAUCAAAUAGAACAAAAUAUCAAUGUUAUUCGAGCGGGUGCUCAUUCGGAUUAUGGAUCACUUACUCUUUUAUUUCAACAUGAUCAUAAAUCUGGUCUUGAAGUAUUUGAUCGUUUAACAAAUUGUUGGUAUCCAGUUGAAGCUCGUGAUGAUAUGAUUGUAGUUAAUUUUGGAGAUGUUUUUGAAUAUUGGAGUAAAGGAAUGGUUAAAAGUACAAUUCAUCGAGUUAUUUUACCGACUAUUAAUGAACAAAAUCAUUCUCGAUUUUCUAUUGCUUUUUUUUGUGUUCCAAAUGGAGAUACACCACUUACUCCUAUUCCAUCUAAAUUGAUUGAAAAUCAUAUUUAUACAAAAGAUAAACAUGCAAAACAAGUUUUUAGUGACAAUGAUGGACAUGUUUUGACUGCUGGUGAACAUCUACAAAUGAGACUAAAUAAAACUCAUCAAUAUUAA